AAAAUCGCACAUCACGAAGAAAACGCCGGCUUUUAACAAUCGUCGUAAAUUUUGGUCAUUCCCCAUUGUUCCACGUCGUGCGUUGUGUUGACCUUGUCGGCUUGAUCAAAUUCAAGAUCACCCGAAUGUGAUCGAACAAUGACCCGUAGCCGGUCGACUGUUUUUGCCGCCACUCUACUUGUACUUUUAACCGUUUGUUUACAGUUUACGUUUAUUUCGGCAAAUCGAAAAGCAGUGGUGGUUCAACCCGCCCAUACCAGACCCCAUGGCAAACCGGGUCCGAUUCCGACAGCUUCCGCCGGCCAACCAGAUCCGGUCGCCGCUCAGAAGCUGGCCCAGGAGAUCAACUCCAAGGCCAAUGCCAAGAAGAGCGAAGGGGCUCUAGAUGUGUUGCAUGCGCUGCUGAAAAGCAACAACGCUACCAACGACGAGAAGGUUCAACUGGUGCGGGAGAGCGUGAUGUUCAACGCACUGCAUGAGGCGAUCGAUGAGAAGAUCGUGGAGUCGAGUUUCAUUCAGACGUUGGCGUCAGUUGGUGAGGCGCCGCUGAUCAAUGACUACCGGAGGGAUACGCUGUUGAUCAAGUCGAUCAAGGAGGAUGUGAACUUCACUUUUGGGGAAGGGGUGUUUGCCUGGAAAACGUUGACGCUGAAGAGCCACGAUCAGCACGUGAUCGUGGGUUUGAGCAAGAGUGGGAUCAUCAUUUUGAGCGAGCACUUCGGGGAGUAUAAACUGCAGCAGGAGAUAGCCAUGGAAACGGUUCCGACGGCGUUCGAGGUGAUCACGGUUUGGGACACGGUGGAAGAUGCGGCCGUUAGUUGUUUGAUCGUGUCGACGGAGCUUGCGUUGGUUUGGUACAGUUUGAGACCUGCAGCUAACUAUCAGCUGGCGGAAGAAUGGCGUUGGCCUUUGCACAAGACUACGACUCUGAUCAAGUGGCUCAAGCACAAGGAUAUCGAUAUGCUGCUGUUGGUUGGAACUCAUCCCAAUAAGCAGAAAUCGGUAUCGGCUACGUUGUAUGAGUUCAGCUUCGAGCGGCACCAGUUUUGGCUGAUGCAGAUGCUUCCGUUGGACUUUCCUUGCCGGACAAUUGGACUGGUUAAUGAUGGCAACGAGUUUUUGGUUGCAUUCCCUCAGAACGACACGGCCAUGAUCUACUCACUGGAAGUUGGAGCGAAGUACCGGGGAAAAUUCACUCAGCUAGCCAACUUUACUUCUGAGCAGAUCAACUCCGUUGGUGCUUUUCAAAUAGGUCGAUACUCCUACGUAGCCAUUGGUGGAAAAUCUCCCCAGAUUCUGAGAUAUUCAAAUGGAAACUUCACUUCGCAGAAUGUUUCCACGAAUGCACUGGAAACUGUGGAAGCUUUCUUCGAAAUACCGACAAGGACUUAUCGGGAUGAUCUGAUUCUUUUAGUCCAACACAAGAUGCGCUUUUCAACCCAUGAACUUCACCGACUGGAUACCCUUGUUUGGAACGGGGAGUCUUUCGAUAUCCGAAGUAAUAUCCCUUGCUACGUGGAAGACGAAAUAAUCGACUACGAAGUGAGCUGCAUGCUAGAUCUGCAUCGACCUACCGGAAUCGUUGGCUCAACGAUCGUCCAACGUGGUAAACACGUUUCCAUGAUCGUACCGCGCUAUCAAGCUCACUCUAGCUUGUACCAUCUCAAAGUGGAGAUGCUCUCAGGAGAACAUCCGAUAACCCAAAAAAUCCAAGAAAUUCGGGAAACCAUCGAAGCUUUUACCAAGAUCGUUGAAUACCAAGACACGAUCAUUCACCAGGCGCUCGACCUAGUUGACGAGACUAAAUCUCUGAACCAACCUUUCCUAGACCUUAAAAACUGUUCCGUCAAGGAAGUUUAUACAGAAAUUACCUAUCUCCACCCGAAUUUCAACCUGGGUCCAAUCACAAUCGGUAACGUAACUUGGACCCCGGAAGACACCCAUGUAGACGCUCCAGCUAUGGCGAGAGAUAUCGAGCUCGAACUGCACGCCCUCGGUGAGUUGGAACACCAGCUGCAGUACGCCAUCCGAAACGACAACGACAGCUUUUCGCUGGACCUUGACAAACCUCUCCACAUCGAGGGUCAAGUUCAGAUCGAUGGAUCACUGGUUACGGACGACCUGUACGUCCGCAAGCUGGAAGAGGAACCCUUCACAAUUCGACUCCCGAGAGAGGCAGAGAGGCUCAAAGAAUUGCACCUCAAGCAUCUCAAAGUUAGGCAUCUGAAGUUUAAUCUUGUCAAUGGUAUACCAGCUAGUGAGUUGGUGUUCAAUACGGGUGAUAAGGUUGUUCUCAACGAAACAUUGAUUGUGGAGAAUUCAUUCGUCGCUCAAAACGUAGUUUUACCAAAAGGUGGAGUAGUCAAUGGAAGGGACCUAAGCGAGUCUACAAUCUACUUCAACUGUGACAAUCGACGUUGGAAGAAUCUACACUUUGAUCAUCUCGAAGCCGUCGAAGACGUUCUGGUGAAAAACUCCACCAACGGUAUUCGACUUGAUAUGGACGCCCUAAAUACCAAGUUCCGCAACCUGGAUCAGGCUUCAAACCCCUCUACUCGAAAAGACACCAUCAAUGCUCAACACCUCCACCUCGAUGGUUCUCUGUACGUCCAAAACGUCAACGGAGUCUCAUGGAACGAGUUCAUCCAGAAAAUAGUGCUCAAACAUCGACCCAAUCGAUUGCCGGAGCUGCGCAUCAACGGGAAUCUUAUCCUGGAGCAUCCCAACACGACGGUGUUCCAUCUGAACGAGCUGGCCUUCCCGGGAGACUUUCUGCUUUCGAGCAGUCCCAGAGAGGCGGUUGUAACUGGGCAUAAGCGAUUCCUCAAUGUUACGCACAUCAACAUCAUGGACAUCGAAACGACGGUCAACGGGAUCGACCUGAGGGACAUUAUAACCCUGGACGACGAUCAGCACAUCCCGGGUAACGUAACGUUUGCCGAUCUACACGUAGCCGAGAGGUUGGAAAUCCGUGGCGCAGUCCGCGGCCCACAUCUCGACGCGUUCCUCGAUAAUCCUAGCCUGUUGCAGACGAAGCUGGUGAAGGCCGCCUGUCACUUCCGGGAGCUGCACGUUGAUGGACCGGUUAUCGUUCAGAAUAGGUUUGCAGGGAUGGACGUUGAUGCUACGCUGGGGGAUGUGGUUUACGAUACCGAGCACAAUGUGGAGAUCGUUUCCGGUAAGCGUAUUGGAACGGCUGAGUUUUUGGGUAAAGUUACGGUCAGCUCCAAUAUGAUCAAUGAGUUCCGAUUGGAUGAUUUCGUGACGAGGAGUACGGAACAGGAAUUGCCGGUUCAGGAGAUUGAAGGUGAUGUCUUCUUUGAAAAUUUGAGUUUGGGUGGUCUGUUCGAUGGGUUGAACGUAACCGAGGUGGACUACAGCUCGAUUAAGCUUUACGGGGAUCAGUACACGGAGGCGUCGUUGAUCUUCCAGAAUCCGAGAGAUUUUGGCUAUCCAGAUAUCGAAGCGAACGAGGUGAGGAUUUUGAAAACCCUCAACAACAAGAGACGGUCCGAGUUUUUGGACACGGAGCAGGGAGAUUUGGUGCUGUCCGGUGAGAUAACUGUUGACAAACUGAAAGUUGAGCAGUUGCAAAUGGUGAAGUCUUCGCUUGAUGGACCAUCAAAGAUGAUCAAUGACGUCCACCUACCGACGUUUGAUGAGUUGAGGUUUAGCUUGAGUCGACCGCAGAAAAUUUCUGCUCCGUUUUUCGUAGAUAAACUAGUGGUGGGUAGCCAGCUUACGACUCCGUUUGUGAAUGGAAGAGACUUCCGAAGCCUGAAACAGGAUCUGGACAAGGUCGAGAAUAUCAAGAACCACUUACUUCAGGGCAGUAUUCCGGUGGAGAAUCUCUACAUAAGCGGUAAUCUACAGGUCAACAUGGUUAACGACGUGCAUUUCGACUCGCUGCUGAAGGACGUGAUCUGGUUGGAUAGACCCAAUCGAAUUCCAGGGUCGAUAACCUUCCUGGAUCCGCUGAUCGUUCAAGGCAAUCUGACGACUCAGGGACUAAUCAACGGGAUUGAUUUUGGCGAGUAUGUGAGAGAUGUCGCUCGAAAGUCGGAUGGAGUUGUACAGCUUGAGUCGACGAAAAUCUUCACCAAUGGUUUGGUCGUUGAAGGAAAUGCCGAUACGGAGAGUAUUAACAAUAUUUUUGUGAAGGAUUUAGCUUUGAAGAACCAAACAGUAUAUCUCAGUGGAGAGGUUGAGGUGGCAGGAAAUCUGUAUGUUAAUGAUUUAAUUUUGGAGGGAUAUCUUAACGGAGAACCUAUUCAAAACUUCUUGGAGCAGUAUCAUUACGAUGAGCACCGGGACGUCCACGUCAUCCGAGGUGAUCUUUUCUUCAACAAAGUUGCAGUGCAAUCGAUGAAUGUUCGAGGUAGCUGGAAUCAGCUAUCGAACCUCGACGCCUAUUUGGGAUCGUUGAUUCGGAAGAAUCAAAAUUACAACUUCACUAAGCCGAUCACCUUCCGAGGUCCUGUGGUCCUUGAACAGGGUGCUCAGAUUGACCAUCUCAACGGUGUUGACAUCUCCAAUAUUGCGAGCGAUAUUGUACGGAUCAACGAGGAAACACCAGUGCAGCUGAUGGGAGCCGUUAGUUUUGACCAGCACGUGCAUUUCGGUUCGAUCGAAAUGCAAGGGGACUUGAUCACUCCGAACAUCGCCGGCUGUAGUCCGAAUCUUUGGAUUCAGAACAGUAUAAUGGUUAAUCAGGAUGCGGAAAUUACUGGUCCGGUAGUGUUUGCGCCGGGAGCGCUGGAACUUAACGAUCUUCAGGCUAGCCUCAUCAAUGGUUAUCCUAUGGAACAGUUGAUUUCUCUGAGCUCAAACCAAACGAUCCAGGGAGAGUUGUUCUUCGACGAAGUGACGAUCACCAAACCGCUCGAAGUUGGUGGACUAAUCAAUGGGUUCAACUUUGGUUACGAGCGUCAGAAUACGUUAAUGACUUACGGAACACAACACAUCCGAACGCCAUCGAUCUUCAACUCCAUCAAAGUGUUGGACUCUCUAAUGCUGCCUCCUGUACUCAACGGUAAACUCUUAGGCAUCCCGGUUCUCCGAGGUCCAAAAAUGGUGAUCACAUCCCCAAUCUCCUUCCGAAAUGUGAUCGCCACAUCCCUGCAAACAAAAGACAGCAUCUCCGGAAUCAACUUCGACUGGUGGUACGAGAACAGUUUGUGGAGUCGCGGUCGAGAUCACCAGGAAAUCGAAUCCAAGGUGCGAGCCCGCAACGUCCGCUUUGACCAAGACGUCGAAGGCAAUGGAAUGAUCAACGGGGUCGACAUCAAGGAUGUCAUCCAUCGAAUGAGGGCGGCCAAGCGGAAUGUGGAGCUGCGACUCAGUGACUUCCGGUCCGAGUAUCGAGCGCUGUGCUCAUCCACCAGGGGCUUGGUUCAGGAAACGCAACGUCGAACAUUCUUCUUUAAGUACUUCGUGCAGCGACAGGUGAUCAACGAGCAUCUGGACAUCGAUUCGUUCCAUUUCUUCAACCACCUGGGGUACUACUUCUUGGCGGUCAACUACGGAUGUUCGACAAACUUCUACCAGUGGGAUACGAUUGGGAAGCUCUUCCUGCCUCUGUUCCAGUUCCACACAGGGGUUGUUGAAGAGUGGAAGUCGAUUGUGGACGGUGAUCGAGCCGUUUAUUUGGUGACGAAGUCCCCUAGCGAGGUUACCGAUUGUCAGAUCGUUGGUGUUACUGUGUGGUUGUUCACCGGUGUUCAACUGAGGAAACUUUGGAACGCGGCUUCUGCGGACGUUGCGGAUGCUAUCCACACGGAGGUCACUAAACCGGAAAGCUUCUACAUUUCGAAGGAUGGCUUGGUUAUGGAGUACAACAUCGAUGGAAACGUUCUUGAACAGUGGGAGCUACCGAAAAGCCUAGACGGUUACCGUUUCAUACCCAAUGAGGUCGGCCUUGGCUUGGCAUUAACCGACGGCAAACUUGUAGUUCUGCUCUCGAAUGUCAACAAAGCGGAAAACCUUCCCAGAACUAGGAGGUCAACCAAUGAGACAUUAGGAAUGGCCCUCUUCAACAGUCAAAGCGUCUACGAUCGCAUGUCCAACAAGUCGAUGGUAGCAAUGUCUCCGAAAUCAAGAGCUUGGCAGAUGACUGACUCAAUUGAACCAGAGGUUGUCAACGCCAAUGAAGACAUCGAUUCACGCUCUCGAAGUCUUCCACUAAGGUCUCUAGCAACAGAAGAUCUUCUAGAGGACGAAGAUUCUCUUGUUGAAGAAACGAUCGCUCGAGACAUUCCCUUGGGCGGAAUCCUAACCGCAGACAUUCCGCACUUCCCGGGUCGUUCCAGAGGAGAAAUCCUGACGUUUAGUGUGGGUUCACCGAAAAGGAAGCAUCAACUUACGGCCGUCACCUUUUUAACCAGUACAGUAAUCAAGGGUGAUCACGACGCGAUCAAGAUCUACCUGGACAUCCAGAUGGGUGACCUGUACCAGGUGCUCCCAUGCUACAGGCCUUCGCACCUCACCGCCCUGGAGCUUCGUGACGAAACGGUCCUGGCUUUCCUGGAAUCGCGGCACACCGUACAGAUCUACAUCUACCGAGGUCUCAAGGGGUUCGUCCGAAGUCAAAGUUUCCAUCUGGCGGCCCCAGCCAUCCAAAUGGGAGCCGUAGCAUUACCUCAGAAAUCGCUGCUCCGCUGUAAAAUUCACUACCUGGCGAUAGCGACCGCCAAACAGGAGUUGGUGCUGCUGCGUGCCAAAACUCAAGGCGAUUGUGGACUUAUCGCCGAAGUCGAUUGCGAUCUGGAAUGAACGUACAUUUCGGAAGAGAAUUUGGGUUUUUUUUUUCUGUUACAAUGUGAAUUGUAUAAUUUAUCGUUGUUUAUAU